AUGGUCACUCACAGAGGAAUUGAAGCGAAUCCGAAUCAGAUUAGAGCGAUACGAGAUCUUAAAGUACCAACAAAGGCUAAAGAGCUGCAGAAGUUGGCCGGAAUGGCGGCCGCACUGAAUCGCCAAGCCAAUUUCUCAGGCCGAACAGCAAAAUGGGCGGUAGAACUUGGUGAGUUUGACAUUCGGUAUCAACCCAGGACAGUGAUCAAGGCCCAGGUCUUAGCGGAUUUUGUAGCAGAAUUUGCUCCCACCCAAAGUACCGAACUGGGGGAUCCGAGUUCGGCACAGCUCUAUGUUGAUGGAUCGUCCAAUAACCGAGGCUCGGGGGCAGGAGUAGUACUUAUUUCACCAGAAGGGUUCAUCUGGAAACAGGCUCUCAAGCUCGGUUGGAAUGCUUCAAACAACGAGGCCGAGUAUGAAGCGUUAUUGGCUGGAUUGCGUAGCGCCGAACACUUCAGUGCAGAACAGCUUCUUGUUUUCAGCGAUUCACAACUAGUGGUAAACCAGCUUUCUGGGGUCUAUGAAACACGAGAUGAAAAAAUGGCUAUUCGGGACAAAAACAAUCACGCUGAUGCUCUGGCAUGCCUUGGCUCAUCUGUGGAUACGAAGGAUGCCAGAAAAGUUUGGGUUGAGUUUAUACCAGAACCAAAUAUUGCAUCUCCAGUCCUCUACAACAACUUAGAGCCAAGUUGGAUGGAUCUAAUAUUUGCUUUUCUGAAAUCUGGUACACUCCUCGAAGACAAAAGAAAAGCCAACAAGGUCAGACACAAGUCAUCUCGGUUUUGGAUCUCACCAUCUAGGAAGCUUUACAGACGCUCCUAUCUUGGCCCCUACCUCCUAUGUAUACAUCCAAAUCUCGUUGAGAAUGUUCUCUACGAAAUUCACAAUGGGAUUUGUGGAUGCCACAUUGGCGGAAAGUCACUGGCACACCGAGCCCUCACUCACGGGUACUGGUGGCCACAGAUGCAACAAGAUGUGCAGCGCCAAUGGCCUUUUGCACAAUGGGGACUAGAUAUUGUCGGACUAUUAGCACGAGGCACUAGGAAUAGGCGAUUCUUCAUUGCUGCAACCAACUAUUUCACUAAGUGGGUUGAAGUUGAGGCGCUGGCAAGUAUUAAAGAGGCAGACACGAAGCGGUUUGUUUUGAAGAAUGUGGUGGUGCGUUUCGUCAUUCCGCUGGUACUGAUUGCGGACAAUGGAACACAGUUCGAUGGUAAGGUCUUCAGAAAGUUUUGUGCCGACCUCAGAAUCGAGUAUAGGAAUUCUUCUCCAGGGUACCCGCAGAGUAAUGGACAGGCAGAAGCAUCAAACAAAGCCAUCAUCAACGGAGUAAAGAAGCGACUUGAACAUGCAAAAGGCAAAUGGGUUGAAGAGUUACCUCACGUAUUAUGGGCCUACUGA